AUGGUAUCAAAGCCUCCAAUCUAUGUUAUGCCAACGAUCCAAGCAUCCACCAUAUCUGUUUCCCCCAAUCAAACUUCAGCCUUUCCUCUUCAACCCCAACCCUCUUUUGUAACAAAUAAACCACUCAUUACCCUUAAUAUCACUGCCCAAAUCAAUGAAAAAUUAACUUCCUCCACCUUUCUUCAAUGGCGUGCUCAAUUUGAAGCAUUCCUCAUCGGGUAUGAUCUACUCAACUAUGUCAAAGGCACUUUUCCAUGCCCUUCCUCUACUAGUACUACCACUGAUGAGCUGCAAAAGAACCAUUGGAUCAGACAAGAUAAACUCAUCUUAAGUGCUAUUCUAGCCUCUACAUCCUCCUCAAUAACACCUCUAAUUGCUACGGCACAAACCUCUCAUGAAGCUUGGAAAAAGCUCAAAAUUCUAUAUGUUAGCAAAUCUAGAACUCGUGCUAUGCAGUUAAAGGAGGAGCUCAUAUUAAUCCAGCGCAAAAAUCGAUCAAUCACAAAUUAUCUCCAUGCUGUGAAGACAUUGGCUGGUGAAAUAACCAUUAUUGACCACCCAAUUUCAGAUGAUAACCUAACCCUUUAUGUGUUAAAUUGUUUAGGUCCAGAUUUUUGGGAGAUCGCAGGAACCAUCCGUGCCAGGGAGUCCUCUUUAAACUUUGAGGAGUUACAUGAUCUUCUAGUUGGCCAUGAGGCGUAUCUAAGGCGCCUGGAAAUUGCAACACAAACCAUGGUUGUCUCUGCCAACUACACGAAGACAAAGUAG